CCGCUUUGUCCACUGGCGCCCCCUUUUAAGCCACGCCCCAUAUUUUGUUUCCGACCGUCGACCAUGGGUUCGUCACGAAACCAUAAUUUUCUCGACAAAGUCGCCGACACGCUCGAAACGAACAGCAAAGGAGUGCAGUAUGGACUGUACGGUCUUGGAUUCGCGGGGCUAUUUGUGGCUUUCAGGAGAGUGCGACCUAUCCAGAAAUUCUCCAAGCCAAGUCAGAUUCCCCGAAACUUCAUCAAGCAGAAGCAACCGCUGAAUGGCAUUGUCAAGGGCGCAGAAUUGCGCAACGGUGCCGCCGUUAUACAAAUCGCACACACUCCGCCUCUGCCCUUGGGCAGAGAGGGCAAACCGCCUUACUUGCCGGUGUCCCUCUGCGGCGUCUCACCCACCACCAAUGGCCUGUCUUGGCUGCAAAUCGUCCUCGAGUCGCAGCCCGUCACCUUCACCGUCCUCUCAACCAACUCAAACACAGCCUCCUCCCUGAUUUCGUUUAAUGGCAAUGAUGUCGGGUCUCGUCUGGUCGAGCUUGGAUUUGCCAGAGUGGAGCCUCCUGACCAACUUUUGACCUCCAGCGAGGCCUACAAAAAGCUGCACGCGAGUCUGGUCAAGUCGGAACGGCGUGCCGAGCGAAACGGAAAUGGAAUUUGGUGGGGCCACGCUCCGUUCUACAUCAAACUGGCCAACAAAGCAUGUUCUCGGCUUCGGUUGUUGGCUGCUCAGGCAAAGGCCGCCAGGAAACAGCAACAGCAGUCCUCCCUGGGAGUCGUCGCAGUCAGAUAAGCGCUUAAAAUUUUUCUACUGAACUGACUUGAAAGCAGCUUCGACCGUAGAUCAACAUUUUAUUGAUAAGUCUGAUAGCGACUGAUAUGUGGAAAUUUGUUGAUACUUGUAAAUUACGGGCCGUGAUGGUUGUGCCUCCUAACAAAGUUAUUAUGUCCUGAAAGUCUAAAAAUUGUUUUAUAUAUUUUUAGUUAUCGAUGGACCUUGGAAAGGUUGCAACUUAAAAGUGCCAAUAAAUGAUAAGUGAAAAUAAAAGGUUUAAAAGUA